AUGAUCUAUGGUGGUGCGCUUGCGCUUGUUUGUAUAUAUUCCAUUUAUUUUAUAGUUAAAUUAUGAAUUAAAGUGAAUUUAAUAAACCAUUACAUAAAAUGGAAUCUAGAGAAACUUUUCUAUCCUGUGCAGUAACGGUAGAGUGGAUGACCGCACAAGGAUCUGUUACGAGAAAAGUUAGUUACAAAACCGCUUCUCUUAGACUGAUUCGGAAUGAGUUUCGAGAAAUGUUUAUGGAAAUAACGAGUGAAAAACAAGCGCCAAUUCGGCUAGCGAUAAAGAAUAUAAAUGUUUUCAAAAAGUUCAUGGCAGAGGGAAAAUCAAGCAUAAAAUUUCAAGACGCGGGCUGUACGCUCUUCAUAUCUAACGCUCCGCCAACGAACUUGGUCUCAUUUUUACGGACUAUAUUUGUUAAGAUUACUGGUGAUAAAGACCAAGCAGAGAGUAAGACUCCUUCCAAAAAGACCAUGCGAGCAAAAUUACUAAGUGGAAAGGCUCAAGCCUUCGAGGAUAUCAGCCCAGUAACAGUUGCUGAUGUGUGUAAAGCUAAGAGUAAAAUAAGUAAAGCAACAACUACCACACCUUCGCCACCUUCAAAGAAACGCAAAUUAGAGGAUGUCAGUAGAGGUCCGGUUCCAAAGAAGUUAUACUCUCCAUCACCUUUGACUACAGCUUGCUCUUUGAAUGCUGAACAACAAAGGGUGUUAGAAGCUUGUCUCAGUGGCAAGAAUAUUUUCUUUACAGGAUCUGCAGGCACAGGAAAGAGUUUUCUUUUAAAGAGAAUAGUAGCAGCGUUACCACCAGAUGUUACUAUGCCAACAGCAUCAACUGGUGUUGCUGCUUGUCAUAUUGGUGGAACCACUCUACAUGCAUUUGCUGGCAUUGGAGAUGGAAGUGCAUCAAUAGAGAAGCUAAGUGAGAGAGCCAUUAAGACACCAUUAGUGGCACAAAAGUGGAGAAAAUGCAAACAUCUCAUCAUAGAUGAAAUAUCUAUGGUUGAUGGAACUUAUUUUGAGAAAUUGGAAGCAGUUGCAAGAUAUGUUCGAAAGAAUGAUAAACCCUUUGGUGGCAUUCAGCUAAUUCUUUGUGGUGACUUUCUACAGCUUCCUCCAGUAGUGGACAAAGCAAAAUCAACUAAGAGGUUUUGCUUUCAAACAUCGUGUUGGGAGAAAUGCAUAGAACUGUGUUUUGAGUUAAAGGAAGUUCACAGACAAACUGAUCAAGAGUUCAUUUCAAUACUCAAUAGUAUAAGAAUAGGUAGAGUAACAAAGGAAAUAAGGGAAAGACUUUUGAAAACUGCAUCACAGAAAAUCGAAAGUGAUGGAAUCUUAGCCACAAGAUUAUGUUCUCAUACUAAUGAUUCUAAAAUGAUUAACCACACAAAGUUGCAAGAUUUGUCUGGUGAAGAAAAAUUAUUUGCAGCACAAGACAGUGAUAAUGCUUCUACUACUCUUGAUAUGCAAACAAUCGCUCCUUCUAAAUUAUUGCUAAAAUUGGGAGCCCAGGUGAUGUUACUCAAAAAUAUCAAUGUUAACGCAGGUUUAGUAAAUGGAGCUAGAGGAGUGGUUGUGAGAUUUGAUGAAGGAUUUCCAGUUGUAAGGUUCAAGAAUAAAAAAGAAUAUACAGCAAGAACUGAACGGUGGUAUGUCAAAAAUGCAAAUGGCACUUUACUUUGUCGCAGACAAAUACCACUUAAUUUAGCUUGGGCGUUUUCCAUCCACAAGUCACAAGGAUUGACCCUAGAUUGUGUGGAAAUGUCUCUGGGCAAAAUAUUUGAAGCUGGGCAAGCAUAUGUGGCUCUCAGCAGAGCACAAAGUUUGGAUACAUUAAGAGUUUUAGACUUUGAUUCACGUCAUGUCUGGGCUAAUCCAGAUGUUUUAGAAUUUUACCAGCGAUUCCGACGACGUUUGCAACAAAUGGAAAUAAUACCAUUAGGUAGGCGUCUAUCUGACAAGUCAAAUAAAAAAGGAAAUCUUCGAGAGAUACUAGAAAAACAAUUAAGAAAAAAGUAACAGUGAAGACUGAAUUAUUAUAAUAGAAUAAAAACGCCUAUCUUUUUAUUUAUUAAAAUACUAGUGCAAUUUAUUUAUCUAUACAUUCUGUAAUGUCUAGAAUGACUUCUGUAAAUCAUGUAUGUUAUAUAAUGAGCAUGUAUUAUUAGCAACAUGACACUAGAAUAAUAAAAUAUGUACUUGGUAAA